UUCAAAGGUCCACUUAAUAACUCAGGUGAGUUCACUUUAUUGUUGUUUCUAUAUUUUGUCUGUAUGAUAAUCUGAACCAGGGUUGUGGUCCCAGUUUUGGUCCUGGUCCUGGUCUGUAAUGUAUCUGACCUCAAUAUCUUACUGGGAGUAAACACCUCUCAGGACCUAAAUAAACACACUGGGAGCUGUGGGACAUAAAUACCGUCCCGUUAGACCAGUCUGUCUGGGCAUGCUUCUUCUCUGACACCUGACACCAGAUGCCGGCCUCUCCACAAAAGAACCCGCCCCACCCUGCGCUGCCCCAGGGGCGGGGGAGGUGCCGGUCGCAGUGAAUGAAGCGCUCCCUGUCAGGUCUGCUCGGGUUGUUGAAGCUGUGAAGGAGGGAGCGCUUGGUUCUAGGCUGAGCAGGCGACACACACAGAAUUUAGAGGAUAAAGGGGUUUGAGAUUAAGCGCUCCUGUGGAUCUGGGUGCGCUUGUUUAAUGCCUCAGCACCUCCAGAGUUCACGCAGAGCAGUUGGUUAAUGAUUGAGGGUCAGCUGGUCACUUAUUGACUGAAGAAGCUUUUUAACUGAAGUUUCAGAGACACAGUGAGACAGACUCAGCCAGAGUCUGCCGGGCGGACUCAGAGCCAGCAAGAGAAGAUGUUUACUCUAGUCACCUUUACUUUGCUCAACUCUGCACUCUCUAUUCUGUUUUCUUCACUCGGUGCUGUUGGACUGAUUUAAUUGAUUCAUCCUAAACUGGGCUACUCAGCUCCACCCAGCCGGCCGGUCUGCUGUCAGUGAAGGAGACUCCACCUGGAUCCCUGGCCUGGAGGAGUAAACCUGCAGAGACACAGCUGUACAUCAGAUCCACCUCCAAACUUUAAGCCAACCAGCUGGACCAGCUUGACUAGCCUUCACAUUUUGCGUCUGGAGAAUCAAAGCAGAAGCAGCACACGAGGACGGUUCCUGUCAGCAAGACAGACUCUUUAACUGGUUUAUUAUCUGUGAUCAGGACCAGGACCAGAGACCAGCACAGCGAGUCUGGUCCAGUCAGCAGCUGCAGUAGCAAUGGUUGAUGGGAAGCGGCAGAGCGGCGUGGUGUCACCUCCGGACGGAGGAUGGGGCUGGGUGAUCGUCGGCUGCUGCUUCAUGAUGACGGUCUGCACGCGAGCUGUGACCAGGUGUGUCUCCAUCUUCUUUGUGGAGUUUCAAGGACAUUUCGGAGCCGACUACUCUUCGACGGCCUGGAUCCACAGCCUGGUGGACUGCACCACCAUGCUCUGUGCUCCUGUCGGCAGCCUGGUUGGUAACCGUUGGUCCUGCCGGGCGGCAGUGAUGCUCGGUGGGCUCCUUUCCUCCUGCGGGCUCCUCAUCAGCUCCUUCGCCACCAGCCUGGAGCUUCUCUACCUCUCCAUGGGAGUCCUGACAGGUCUGGGAUUCGCUCUCUGUUACACUCCGUCCAUCGCCAUGGUUGGCUGUUACUUCCACCGGCGGAAGGCGUUGGCAUACGGCCUCGCCAUGUCGGGCAGCGGGAUCGGCACCUUCAUCUUGGCGCCGGCGGUGCAGGUGCUAAUUGAGCUGUACUCGUGGAGGGGGGCGCUGCUCAUCCUCAGUGCCUUCGUCGCCAACCUGUGCGUCUGUGGGGCGCUGCUCCGACCAAUCACACUGCGGGAGGAUGAGGCGGAGGGGGAGGGAGAGGAGGGGGAGUCAGUGGGGGAGGAGAGACUUGGUAUCAUUUCGUCACAGGACGCCGAGCUUGCAAUAAAACUGUCCAAAGAGGAGGACAGCCUCUUGUCAUCAGGGAAGUUAUCGUCGCCUUCAUCCUUGCCACCGCUGCCCCUCCCCCUGCUGCCGGGAAACCCCACCACUCAGCUAAAGAAGAGGUGGUGCUUCAGCUCCUGCUUCCUGUCCAGUAAGGAGUACCGUUUCCUGCUGCUGCCAGACUUCCUGGGCCUGUCCGUGUCCUUCCUGUUCCUGGCCAGCGGCUGCAGCCUCCCGUUCGUCUACAUGGUGCCCUACGCUCUGAGCGUCGGGGUCCGCCACCAGCAGGCCGCCUUUCUCAUGUCCAUCCUGGGAGUCAUCGACAUCGUGGGGAACAUCACCUUCGGCUGGCUGACAGACAGGAGGUGUCUGAAGCCGUACCGCCUGGCGUGCUACGUGUUCUCCGUUGGGAUGGAGGGUCUCUGCUGCCUCUUCACGCCGUUGCUUCGUUCCUUCCCUCUCCUCGUGCCCUUUGCCGUCCUCUACGGUUACUUCGACGGCGCCUACGUGGCGCUGAUCCCCGUGGUGACGUCAGACCUGGUGGGAGCUCCGUACCUGUCCUCGGCACUGGGUGUGGUCUACUUCCUCCAUGCCAUCCCCUACCUCAUCAGCCCGCCAAUCGGAGGUUGGCUGGUUGACGUCACAGGAAGUUACACGCCCACCUUCUUCCUCAGUGGCGCCGCCAUGCUGGCCAGCUCGCUCGUCCUCGCCACCAUCAUCGGGAUCCGCCACUGCCGCCGCCGCCUGGCCGUCAUCAAGGACGCUAAGCACCAGCAACUCCCCCUCAGCCUGUCCAACCAAUCAGACUGCUUCAUCGCCUUCAACAAGGAGGUGGUCAGCAGCAGUGUUGCGUCGUAGCCUUAGAGGAAAGGACCAAUCGUAUUUAUCAACACCAGAGAGACGUCUGGUGACGAGGGCUGUGAUUGGCCGACAUAGACGUCACACAGACACUUCAUAGGAAGUAGAUUUAUUUAGAGACUGCUGAAGGCCAGCUGAGUGUCAACCCAGACACUGUGAACGACUUUUAUUUUGUAGCCACGGGAACUCAACUUCCUGCCUCUUUUUGUUUGUUUUAAAGCCACAUGCCGGUCACAUGACCGCAAUGGACACCUGGACGAUCCGACGGGUUAAACAAAGAGACGGACGACAGGCAGACGCUAAUGCGAGCAACAGGCUAACAGGCAGACGCUCGUCUUCUCAAACAGGAAAUAACAAAAAAAUGCAAAUAGGAACUGUUUUUUGAGUCGCUGAACGCAGCUGUGUCAUAAAGUAACAAUAUUAACUGUGGAUUUAGGAUGACGUUGCUCUUAAAGUGUUUUUAUUCAGGGAAUAAACAGUCGUUUAUUAAACUUUAACGUUCGUUUGAUGCCAAACAAAAUGUGUCCAUCUCAAUAAAUAUGAAAAACACUUGCUGAAUGAAUUAGAGCUGAAAAACUUAUCAGCAAAUUAUUUUCAUAAGAAAAUGUGCCAAAAAUGUUCAAACUUCUAAAUUGCUUCAGGAAACAGUCUUUGUCCGUUUGAUCACUUUUGGCCUCUUUAAAACAAAUUUAUUAUUAAUUUGAGAGAUUUUUCAAAAUGUUUAUCCUCUAAUAAAUAAAAUACCUAAAUGAAAACAAAUAAAACAAACAUAUAUAAUAUAAACGCACAUUCAACACAUUGAAUACGCACAAAACAUUUAACAGUUUGUUUGUAUUUCACUUGAUUCUUUGUUUUUAUUGAGGUUAUUUUAAAUCUUUCAGGAAUUUGUUUGCUAUUUUUGAGUGAACAACAAAACAUUUUGUACGUUAGUACAACAUCUCGUCUGUAAGUCUGAGCAGUUUGAAGACAAAGUUUUAUAAGUUUUACUUAGGCUCAGUGUAUGAAUGUGUGUGACUGGUGAAUGCAGAUGUAGUGUAAAAGCGCUUUGAGUGGUCGAAAAGACUAGAAAGGCGCUAUACAAGUACGGAGCAUUUACAUUUACAUUUAUAUUGUUUUUAGCUUGAAAUGUAUUUGCAACAUGAGUUUUUGUUAAUGAGAGAAAUAAUCUUUAUGUUUUCAGCGAAGGUCUGAGGAACUGACAGAAAAAUGUUGUGUAAAAAUAUGAAGCCACGCGACAAACAUCUCAGGCUGGAAUUUAGUUACUGUGAAUUGUUAGAAAUGUUAAUGACGUUUUGAAUGAGCUUUUCUUGCUUUCUCUCUAUAGAGCAAGUAACUUCACAGCUGCCGUCUGUUUGGAGGAACGUUUAAAUUUCUUAAACGCUUUAACUUAAGUCCUUAUAUAAGCAAGUCCCGCCAUUCGGCAGCCAUCUUGGUAAGGCCUCAGGUUAUCUGGGACAGGAUCAGGUCUCGAUCUCUUCACUCGGACUUAAAACCUGCACGAAUCAGCAGGAAAAUCUAAAACAGUUUGAUGACUUUGCCCUCAUGGGAUUCUCUGGGUUUGACUUCAGAAGGACGCUUUACACGUGGCGUUCGACGUCUCCUUCACGUGGAGCAACAGGCCGGUGCUGUCGCCUCGUGCUCGUCAUGCCGGGUUCAUCUGGUUUAUCACUGAACUGGUUUAUUUGCAGUCACGGGACCACACUAAUGUAAUAUUUCAGGUCAGUGCUGUAGCGCAGUGCUUCCCCUCUCACGUGCUGCUGGAGGGGACUCUAGAGAGACUAACCGGGUGGAUGAGGACUGGGGAAAGUCCCGUCCAUGAAG